AUGUCAGAUAGUUGGGGUGAACCUCAAAUUAGAAAUCAAGAUGCAUCUUGGGGGUUAGAAACAUCCUCACAGGAACGAAAUCCCGAAAAUAACACUAAUUUUUCGCAGCAAAAAGAACGUUCCUGGGAACAAGGUGACAAUAAUACUCAGAAAGGAGUUUGGGUUUUUUCCGAGUCAGACACUGCUAUUCACGAUUCAGCGUGGGAAGAUACUACUCAAGCUAUUAUACGCGAUUCGUCUUGGGAUAAUAAAAGAAAGGUAAAAGCAGCUGCUGAUACGCCUUUGAAUAAUAAAAAAGUGACAAAAUCCACUACCCGUGGUAAUGCUGGUGGCAGUACGUCCUUGAAUAAUAGCAAAAAAGUAGAACCCAAAACAGUUGUUUCACCAUGGAAUACCGUUAAAGACGUAGCGAAAUCUACUACUUCUACUGGUAGUACGUCGUUGAGUACUAACAAAAAAGCAGAACCAAAAACGGCUAUUUCGCCGUGGGAUGAAGAUACUGAAGAGGCGGAUAAUCACGUCGAACAUGAAAAUGAUAAAUCCAAUACUGGCGAUUCACCAUGGGAUAAUAGUGACAAUGCUAGAGAUUCACCAUGGGUUAAUAGUAAUGUCAAGGCUAUUGAUGACUCACCGUGGGGUAGUCAGAAAAAAGCAAAACAAGAUACUCGCGAUUCGAAAUGGGAUAAUAAAAGAAAAGUAGAUUCGCGACGAGACAGUAAGAGAAAAGUAAAUCCUGAUAAGCCAUGGAAUAAAAGAAAUAGUAGUGAGAACGUCGAAAAAAAUAAAUUUAAAUCUGGCAUUGGUGGAUCAUCUUUGGAUAGCAAUGCUGGAGAUUCUCCUUGGGAUAAUAAUAGUGUAAAAGAAGAGGCUAGUAUUGCAGUUUCGUCAUGGGAUAAUACUAAGAAAAUCCAAGAGCAAAGUGCCGGAAUCACAUCCUGGGAUAACAUUAAACCGAAUGCUGCAAUUUCGACUUGGGAUAACGAUAAUAAUGAUCAUAGUGCCAAAAUCACGUCAUGGAGUGAUGAUAUUGAUGACGGUGUUAAUGAGAAUAAUAAUAAUCGUCAAGAGCCGAAUGCCGAAAUCACGUUGGAUAACAACAACAACAAUAAUCAAAAAUCCGAUCCCGGAAUUUCAUCAUGGGAUAACAAUAAUAAUCAAGAACCGAAUGCUGCAAUUUCGACUUGGGAGAACAAUAAUAAUGAUCCGGAUGCCAGAAUCACGUCUUGGGGUGAUGAUAAUGAUGAGGAUAAAGAGCCAAAUGCCGGAAUUGCGCCGUCGGAUAACAACAAUAGUCAAAAGUCCAAUCCCAGAAUUUCAUCAGAGGAUAACAAUAAUCAUCAUCAUCAAGAGCCGAAUACUGCAAUUUCGCCUUUAGAGAACAAUAGUAAUGCCAGAAUCGCGUCUUGGGAUAACAAUAAUAAUAUCAAUAGUAAUGAUUCGAAUACCGGAAUUACGUCUUGGAGUGAUAAUAGUGAUCGUCAAGAGCCGAAUGCCGAAAUCGCGUCUUGGGAUAAUAAUAAUCAUCCAAAGCCAAAUACUGGAAUCGCAUCUUGGGAUAACAAUGAUGAUAAUAACAAUCAAGAUCCGAAUCCUGCAAUUUCGUCGUGGGAUGACAAUAGUAGUAACAAGAAAAAGUCCAAUCCUAGAAUUUCAUCACGAGAUAAUAAUAAUAACCGAAAGUCAAAUAUCGCAAUUUCGACCUGUGAUAGCAAUGAUAAUAAUCCGAAUGCCGGAAUCGCCUCUUGGGAUAACAAUGAUGAUUAUAACAAUCAAGAUCCGAAUCCCGCAAUUUCGUCGUGGGAUAACAACAAUAAUCAUAAUAAUCAAAAGUCCAAUCCUGGAAUUUCAUCAUGGGAUAACAAUAGCAAUUAUCAAGAGCCGAAUGCUGUAAUCUCGACCUGGGAUCACAAUGAUGAUAAUCCGAAUGCCGGAAUCUCGUCUUGGGAUGACAAUGACAAUUAUAAUAAUCCGAAUGCGGGAAUCGCGUCUUGGGGUGACAAUAACAGCAACAAUAAGGAAGUAGAUUCAUGGGGUAAUAGCAACAAUAAGGAAGAAGAUUCAUGGGGUAACAGCAACAAUAAGGAAGAAGAUUCAUGGGGUAAGCAGCAACCAGAAUCGACAUGGGGCAAUCAUGAAGAACCAUUUACAGGAUAUUCUGAAAAACCUCAAAAUUGGAACAAUAAAAAUGAAGGAUAUCGAAAAGUUCGGGCAAACGAUGGUCCGUCUUAUCGUGAUAAUUAUGAUAAUCCGCCCAGAGGUGAAGAUACAUUUCAACGAGGUCAUGCAAAUCGUGCAUCUUUCAGUAGAAACAGCGAUGAAUCUCUCCCUGGUGAAUCUAAAUUAGCUGGUAGAAUCACGAGUCUUUACGGAAGUAUCCAUGCACCAAAAAGACCAGAUGGUGCACCUGUUGUUCCAUACGUUAAUAAAGAUCGUGUCUUGACUGGUGGUGCUCAUAAAAAAGUAGACGAAGAAGAAUUGGCUGCUCGAAUGGAAAAAAUCCGAAUAAACAACGAAAAAAUCAAGGAAAAAUUCAAACGUGAAACUAAUGCACGACGACGCACUGAAAAUCGUGAUUCACGCGAAUGGGAUAAAGAAAAACUUGAUACGGACUGGAAUUACGAUCGAACACCACGAAAUAACGAUCACGAUGAAUUUCCACGAAAUUAUCGCGGACAAAGUAACGACUUUGACAGAAGAAAUUCGCGUGACUAUAAUGAUGGCGGAGCAGGAUGGGGAAGAGGAGGACGUGAUCGUGAGGCUUAUAACGCUGAUAACAGGCCUCGUCAUGGAAGGAGAUAUAGCGAACACAGAAAUGAACCUAAUAAAGAAGCAUAUGGAGGUGGAAAUAGCUGGGCAGAACAACAAGAAUUAGAACAAACAGGCAUAAAAUCUAAACUUCCUUGGGAAACUGAAAAUGAAAAUCCGAAUGAUGAUAAUAAUUGGGGUGCAUCUGACAACCAAGCUCGUGAUGCAAACUAUUUCGAAACCAAUGAGAACUCGGAACUUCCAUCAAAUUCUGAAUCAGCAUGGUCCAAUGUACCAGAAGAAACGUUCAAAGCAGAAUUUGGUUGGGAUGAUGAGCCAGAACAAUCGCAUGACCGACGAGCUUAUAAUGCAUCCCACUCGGGUAAUGAUUGGAAUUCACAGUCAAACAACCAACAACGCCUGCGCCAAGAUGACAAUUCAUGGAAAAAAGACAUGCAAUGGGAUCCGACUUGUGUUAAUGAAGAAACAGACGUUAAAGGAUGGGAUUGA